CCUUCUGACCUAGGAAUCACUCUUCCUAAUCUUCAACGCCUAGAUCUUGGUGACAAUUUGUUUACUGGUUAUAUACUAUUUCAGUAUCCAAUGCCACCAAACUAAAUUACCUUAUCCUGAAAGCAAAUAGAUUUAAGGGAAAAGUCCCUCCUUUAGAAAAGUUGCGUGAUCUUGACGUGUUAUAUUUAUCUCAUAAUCUUCUAGCUAGGAACAGGGGAAGUGGAUGACUUGAGCUUUCUAAACUCAUUGACAAAUGCUACCAAGUUGCAAUUUCUGGUUCUGAGCGACAAUAACUUUGGAGGGGUGUUGCCUCAAUCAAUUAGCAACUUUUCCUCUUCUCUUCUUGCACUAGUUUUGGAUGGGAAUAUCAUAGAUGGGAGCAUCCCAACCGGGAUAGGGAGUUUAAUCAAUUUGCAGGCUCUUACCAUGAGUGACAACCGUUUAAGCGGUAACAUUCCUGUCGAUAUUGGGAAUCUUCAAAAGCUACGGGUGUUGCUACUCUAUGGUAACAAACUCUAUGGGGAGAUCCCAUCAUGUCUUUCAAAUUCAACUUCUUUUUUCCAACUCGCUUUGUUUCAAAAUAGUCUCCAAGGCAACAUCCCUUCAAGUCUGGGGAAAUGUCAACUAUUGCAGCAAGUAUCUCUUGCUCAAAAUAACCUUAGCGGUACCAUACCCAAAGAAGUUUUCAGUAGCUCAUCGUUGUUUUAUCUAGAUCUAUCUUACAACAAUUUGGCUGGUGAACUUCCUGCAGAAGUAGGAAAUUUAAAAAAUCUAGAAGAAUUUCAUGCUUCUAAGAACACACUAUCCGGUAGAAUUCCAAGCACACUUGGUAGCUGUGUAACACUAAGAUUCCUAAACCUUGAUGGCAACAAAUUCUGGGGAAACCUUCCUGCAACCUUAGCUAAUUUGAGAGGUGUGGAAGAAUUAAAUCUUUCUCACAACAAUUUCUCUGGGCGAAUCCCGGAGUACUUGGAUGGCUUCAUUUUUCUAAACAAAUUAGACCUGUCGUUCAAUGAUUUUGAAGGCACAGUACCGGAAAGAGGAGUAUUUAAGAAUGCAACCGUCAUUUCUGUUGAAGGAAACAACAAGCUCUGUGGGGGCAUAGCUGAAUUGCAGUUGCACAGUUGCAACUCAAAAAAGGGUAAAAGGAAAGGACUCACUGUAGUUGGGAAACUAAUACUCUCGAUAUCAUUUGGGCUUCUAGGACUAUUUGUCAUGUUGGGUGUUCUUUAUUUUUGUUGGUCUAGGAAAACAACAAAAGUACCCCCCUUCCGGAUUUUAGGAAAUUCAUUUCCACAAUUGUCCUACCAAAGUCUGCUUCAAGCUACUGAUGGGUUCUCUCUAUCCAACUUAAUCGGAGUGGGUAGUUUUGGUUCAAUUUAUAAAGGAAUUCUUGAUCAAAGUGGGAAAGUUGUUGCAGUGAAGGUACUAAACCUUCAAUUCUGUGGUGCCUCGAAGAGUUUCAUAGCUGAAUGUAAAGCCAUGAAAAGCAUCAAACAUCGAAAUCUCGUAGGAAUUCUCACAGCAUGUUCGAGUAUCGACUAUCAAGGUAAUGAUUUCAAAGCUCUGGUUUAUGAGUUCAAGGUCAAUGGGAGUCUACACGAGUGGUUGCAUCCAAUUGGAAAUGGAGAGGGUGUACAUGAGGAGCAAAGGAGUUUAAACCUGCUUCAGAGGCUUCAUAUUGCAAUCGAUGUUGCUUCUGCUCUUGAUUAUCUUCAUCAUCAUUGCUGGGAACCAAUAGUUCACUGUGAUUUGAAGCCGAGCAAUGUUCUUUUGGACAAUGAAAUGACUGCGCGUGUAGCUAAUUUUGGUUUAGCAAGAUUCCUUCCCACAGCCACCCAUGAGUCUUCUGCAAAUCAAUCAAUUACCAUUGGCUUGAGAGGAUCUGUUGGUUAUGCUCCUCCAGAAUAUGGCAUGGGAAAUGAGGUAUCAACGUCCGGAGAUGUGUAUAGUUAUGGCAUCCUUUUGUUGGAGAUGGUGACUAGGAAGAGACCGACCGAUAGCAUGUUUACCGGUAGUCUGACUCUCCACGACUUUGCUAAGACAGCUCUGCCUGAACCAGUGGAGAGCAUUUUCGACCAAACAUUGAUUCCACAAGAUCAAAUGGGGGAGGCAAGCACAAGUAUCAGCAGCGUUCGGAAUCAGAGCUCUCUUAGCAGUCACAAAAUUCAAGAGUGCUUGAUUUCACUACUUCAAGUUGGAAUCGCCUGUUCACAAGAACAAGCAACAGAUCGGCUGGACAUCAACGAGGUUCGAUUCUCACUGGUUUGCAUAAGACAAAGAACAUUCUUUUUGUAACUUAAGUAAGUGGAGGUAGAAGAUCUAGAAUUGCAGUGUGAUCACGAGCUUCUCAAGUGUAAUCGGUUUUGAAGAUACUUCUUGACGCAACAGCAAUGUGAUGCGUCAUAUUGCUUCUGCUUUAUGUUAUGGACUUAUCGCAGUAUAGUACACUGUAAUUUCCCGUUCUGCAUCUUGCACGUUUUUAGUUUGUCUAAGUUUGCAACUUUCCAGAAUAAAUGUACUUUAUUAAGGCUAUGGCUAGCUGUGAAUGUCCAGUCUUAACUCUUUUUAAUUUUGUAGUUUAAGUACCAUUCAGUAUAUGUUACGCUACUCUAAAUAGUGUUAUCUUAAUGUGGUACUGCAUGUAGUCUUUCCGUAAGGUGGUUUAUGGAACAGAGGGAAAGGAUCAAUGCUGAGCAAGCUGUGAUACAGCGAAUGGUAUGUCAAACAGAUUAUGGAAGGGAGGAAAAAAAAUUGUAGCAAACCCGAAAAACUUUGCCAAAGAUCAAGGCCUACAAUACUAACU